AUGUUCUUCAUCCGUGAGCUUGAAAAGACCAUCACCUUGCACCCGUCGUACUUCGGCCCGCACAUGCGCGACUACCUAAUCCACAAGCUGCACGACGACGUGGAGGGAUCCUGUACCGGGCAAUUCUUCAUCAUCUGUGUGAUCGACCACGAAAAGAUCACCUUGGGCAAGAUAAUACCGGGGCGCGGAGACGCCGAGUUCACGAUCCACUACAAGGCGAUUGUGUACCGGCCAUUCCGUGGCGAAACCGUCGAUGCGGUCGUCACGAACGUCAACAAGAUGGGUUUCUUCGCCGAAGUGGGAUCGCUUCAGUGCUUCGUCUCCAAGCAGGCAAUUCCGUCAGAGAUUCCGUUUGAUGAGAGCGCCAAUCCGCCCGCGUACAGUGAUGGCGGUGAGCAGGUCAUCAACAAGGGCGCUCAUGUGCGCAUGAAGCUGGUGGGAAUCAGGAGUGAUGUUGGGAAGAUGUAUGCUACGGCAUCCAUUAAGGAGGACUACCUCGGCGUUUUAUAA